AUGGUUCCUACAAAUUCAUCGCAUGCACAAAAUAGUUCCAGUUCUAGUGAAACUAACCUUGCCCGUUUUGUUUCUUUGCAAGAUGUUAGUAUUUCCUCAAAACCAGAUGAAAUUCUAAAUUUUGAAGACGAAGAUAAACAAGAAUCGAAUCAAGAAGUUACAGCUGUUAUCCCAUAUACUUUAUUUUCGACAGGUCAAAUCUACGUGAUAAUGUUCAUUAUCACAUUCAUAGGGUUUUUGGGUCCUCUUUCAGGUAAUAUAUAUAUCCCUGCAUUACCAACAUUGCAAAAAGAUUUCAAUGUAAGUAGCACUGUGAUAAAUGCAACAGUUUCUGUUUUUAUGGCUGUAUUUGCUGUAGGCCCAUUAUUCUGGGGCUUAUUUGCUGAUGUAGGUGGCCGAAAAGUUCUUUACAUAUGUUCAAUCCUUUUAAUGGUUAUCGUUAAUAUUCUUUUGGCUUCCAUUCCUGCACAUAUUUCUUCCCUGUUUGUUCUUAGAAUUGUACAGGCGUUUGGUUCUAGUUCAGUAAUUACUCUAGGUGCAGGAACUGUAACAGAUAUAACUCCACCAAAACAAAGAGGUAGAGCAAUCGGAUAUUUUAUGAUUGGUCCUAAUAUGGGUCCAGUUUUGGCACCUAUCAUUGCUGGGUUAAUAUUGAUGAAGGGUAAUUAUUGGAGAUGGUUAUUUGGUCUCACUGGAAUUAUGGGAGGUGUUGGACUAUUACUCAUUGUCGCAUUUCUUCCAGAAACAUUAAGAUGUAUUGUUGGGAAUGCAGACCCAGGUUGGGAUGAAAGACGGUUGAAGCUCAGGAGGGACGACGAUAUUGAAUUUUCCAGACCCAUUAGGAAGACCCCUAGAUGGACCUUUUUCACAGACCUAGGAAUACAAAAACCCCGUAACACCACUACCGAAUUCAAAGAAUUAUACCCAAAGCCACCUAGACCAAACGUACAUUUUUAUUGGGACAUGUUAAAGUUCCCUCCUGUUGUGAUUGCGUCAGUUAGUACAGCGUUGUUAUUUUCCAAUUAUUACGCGCUUAGUGUGUCACUUUCACAUUUUCUUGAAAGGGACUAUAAGCUGUCAAUGUUGAAAAUCGGUCUUUCCUAUGUAUGUCCCGGAGUUUGUAUGAUCUUUGGAUCUCAACUUGGAGGACAUCUAUCUGAUCAUCUAAGAGCAAGAUGGAUAAAAACACAUGAAGGUCAAAGUUUUCCAUUGGAAUCUCGGUUAGUCUUACAUAUAUGUGGAAUACUGAUAAAUACUGCGGGAUGUAUUGGAUAUGGAUGGGCAAUUCAAAAACAUUUUCACUUAGCAAUUGUUUUGCUCUUUUCGGGAUUGAUGGCGUUUGGUUUAACAUGGUGUAGCAAUACGACAAUGACCUAUCUUUCAGAAUUAAUGACGACAAAGACCGCUGGGGCCAUUGCCUUAAGUAGUUUCUUUAGAAAUGUCGGAGCAGCAAUAAGCUCCUCGAUUAUUCUUAUUUUAUGCAAACAUAUGGGAAUAGGUUGGUGCUUCACUGGACUCGGACUCUGCAAUAUAAUAUCUUUGGUUUUAAUUGGAACUUUGCUCAAAUACGGAAACAAAUGGAAAAUGCCAUAG